AUAUAUACAUAGAUAGAUAGAUAGAUAGAUCUUAGCUGUAUCUAUCACGCUACCGACCGAGAAGGAAUUUGUCUGUUUCUGUCGCAGACUUUCCUCUCUUUCUUUCUUCCUCUCUCUUUUAUUCCAUCCAAAAAACGCAGAAACGGCGUCGAAUUAAGGCCGUUAAGAUUCUACCAAUUCCUUCAGAUCAGCAUUAUUUUUGGUUUGUUUCAUUUCCAUUUUCUUCAGUUCUAAUUCCCAGCCAAGCUUAAAUACUUCCACUCCACACCACAAGCUACAAGUCGGGACUCUAAACUCCAAGAGAGACCAUUAAAAAAACCCCGCCACCUCAAAAACCACAGAAAUAGCCCAACAUGGCCCUGGAGGUUUCAACAGUGAUCACCAAGCCGUAUGACGGUCAAAAACCGGGAACAAGCGGCCUCCGCAAACCUGUGAAGGUGUAUAUGGAAGAGAACUACACGGAGAACUUUAUACAGUCGAUGCUGACCGCGGCCCUGGGGGAUAAACUGAAAAACUGCACCCUGGUCAUUGGAGGUGAUGGACGAUAUUAUGUCAAAGAAGCUGUCCUCAAGAUCGUCCAGAUGUGUGCUGCCAACGAUGUUUCCAAACUGAUUGUUGGCAAGGAUGGAAUUUUUUCAACGCCUGCUGUAUCUCAUAUCAUACGGAAAUACCAAACAGACGGUGGAAUCAUUCUGACUGCCAGCCACAAUCCUGGAGGACCAGACGCUGAUUUUGGAAUCAAGUUUAACUGUUCCAAUGGAGGUCCUGCUCCUGAAGGCGUCACAAACGCAAUAUUUGAAAUGUCCAAGAAUAUCAAGACCUAUAAAACCUGCCCGAAAUUGGCAUUGGAUCUCUCAAAGAUGGGUUCCAGUAAAUUCAAAAUUGGUGGCCACGAGAUGGUCGUCGAAAUCAUCGAUUCUGUGGCUGAUUAUGUCUCUUAUAUGAAGGAAUUAUUUGACUUCGGCUCCAUCAAGAAACUCUUAAAAGGUGACGGAUGUCCAAAGUUGGAGAUUCUUCUGGACUCCAUGCACGGAGUCACCGGACCGUAUGUAAAGAAAAUAUUCUGUGAUGAACUCGGAGUUGAUCCAAAGAGCUGUGUGAAUAGCAAUAUCUUGCCUGAUUUUGGAGGCCUUCAUCCUGAUCCCAAUUUAACCUACGCUGCUAACCUCGUCAAGGAACUCAAGAAAGGAAAACAUGGAUUUGGUGCAGCUUUUGAUGGGGACGGUGACCGAAACAUGAUCCUUGGCAAAAACGCCUUCUUUGUCAACCCGUCAGACUCUUUGGCUGUGAUAGCGAACAACACAGACUGCAUUCCAUACUUCAAGAAGACUGGAGUGAAAGGGCUUGCUCGAAGCAUGCCAACAAGUGGCGCUGUGGACAGAGUUGCUCACGCUAAGAAGAAAGAAUUCUUUGAGGUUCCAACUGGUUGGAAAUUCUUUGGUAACCUCAUGGAUGCCGGCCGUUUGUCUCUUUGUGGAGAAGAGAGUUUUGGAACUGGUUCUGAUCAUGUCAGGGAGAAAGACGGAAUCUGGGCCGCAAUGGCUUGGCUCAGUAUCCUUGCCCACCGCAAACAGAGCGUCGAGGAGAUCUUACAAAGCCACUGGCAGCAGUAUGGCCGUAACUUCUUCACCAGGUAUGACUACGAGAAGUGCGAGUCUGGUCCGGCCGAGAAGAUGAUGGAGGUCCUGUUUGCCUUCAUCAGCGAUGCAUGCAACAUUGACAAAGACUUCACGGAGCACGGCAAAACCUACAAGCUGAAGAAAGCCGACAACUUCUCCUACACAGACCCCAUCGACAAGAGUGUCAGCGUGAAACAGGGCGUUCGACUAAUAUUUGCCGACGACUCUCGUAUCAUCAUGCGACUCAGUGGCACGGGCAGCACAGGGGCCACAAUCCGACUCUACAUCGAAGGAUACGAAGAUGACAAAAGCAAAUUCUCCAUGGAUUCUCAGGUUGUUCUGAAGCCGUUGAUUGACAUUGCUCUGAAGAUUUCUCAGCUUCCCCAGCUGACGGGACGCUCUGCUCCCACCGUCAUCACGUAAACGCCAGCAGGGCCGUUCCUACUCCGCAUCCGCUCCUCAAUGACAUGGGAAUCCUACCCCUUAAUUUUUUUUGUUAUUGGAAUUAUUGCUCCAUAAGCAGGCGGCACCCUUCAU